AUGUCAAACAGUCUAGCAGAUGAAUUGCUGGCUGACGUGGCUGAGGGAGAGUCAAAUGCAAUGGACAACGAUAAGGAACAAUACUCUUCUAUUCUGUAUAAUGAAGAAUCCAGUCACGCGGGUCCUGAUGAAUCAGUGAGGGCAGAUACCUCGAUGCAAUAUGUGGAUGAAUCGCAUGCGCACGGGGCAAGUCAGCCUGGGAAUGAGCUAGAGUCACUUCAAAAUAAUGAUGCUUCAAAUACGAAUAUACGAUCUAUUUCAAAGCUGUAUGAAAACGAUACCCUGUCAGAGCUUCUCAAGGUGAUUGAGCAGCGCAAGGCCCAACCUCCAACAGUCAUUACGGGUGCACUGGAAGGCUCAGAAGAGUAUUUUUUGAUCAUUCGAGCCAACAGUACGGCUCUAGAGAUCGAUCAUGAAAUGUUGGCCCUUUAUAAGUUCAUUCGCGAACAUUACGCUCCGCGAUUUCCAGAGCUCGAAACACUUGUAUUGAAUCCUUGGGAAUUUAUUCAGGCAGUCCUUAUUUUGGGGAAUAAGAAAGACCUCGUGACAGCGGGUUUGGAGGGCAUCCUGCCACAAGGCACCGUAGUCGUGAUCAGCAUGACUGCUUCUACCACCACGGGACAGCCUCUCGCAGCUGAGGAGUGGCAACGCAUUCAGGACGCAUGUGGUAUGGUGCAAUCACUCGAGGACGCUCGUGCCAAGAUUCUGGACUAUGUGGAAUCGCGCAUGUCGCUAUUAGCACCAAACCUCUCUGCUUUGCUUGGAACUCGAGUGGCGACCAAGUUGGUGGGCUCCGCUGGUGGAUUAGCAUCACUUGCCAGAAUUCCUUCUUGCAAUAUGCACCUACUUGGUGCAUCUAAAUCGGGCAGCUCGGCCCUUUCUUCUAUUCAUGGUGGAUCUACGCGUUAUUCUGGCUACCUCGCACAAUGCACGCUCAUUGUACAAACGCCUGAAGAAUACCGAACUCAAGCGCUCCGUAUGGUCAGCGCCAAGGCAUCUCUUGCUGCUCGUGUAGACGCAGGAGGCUCUUCUGGUUCUCGUCAAGGAGAAUAUGGAACGGCUUUGUAUCAAGAAGUUGAACGAAAAAUUGAAAAGCUGUUGGAGCCACCUCCCGCCAAGCUUGUGAAAGCAUUGCCGGUGCCGAACGAAGGCGGGCGCAAACAGCGACGUGGUGGACGACGUGCUCGUAAGUUCCGUGAAAUGCACGGGCUCACAGAGCUGCGAAAGAUGCAGAACCGGAUAGAAUUCGGCAAGGAGGAAGAAGAAGCUAGCGCCUUUGACGAAACGAUGGGACUUGGUAUGAUCAAUACCAAGGCCAGCGGUAAGAUUCGUGCGUCUGUGGCGAAUGCAUCGUCCAAGGCACGCAUGUCCAAAGCAAACAAGGACCGGCUUGCAACGCUGAAUCGUCCGAAGUUAUCGUUGCAAAGUUUGGCACCAGCUGAAUCGACGUCGUCUGGCACAGCGUCCUCGUUGUCCUUCACGCCCGUGCAAGGUAUUGAGCUCGUUGAUCCGUCUCGACAAAAAAGGGUGGAGGAAGCUAAUGCCAAAUGGUUCCGCGAGGGACAAUUCUCGCUGGUGCCUGGCGCCUCCAAAUCCUCGGCUCAGAUGCCACCAUCAUCACAACCAAACACAUAG